AAUAUUAAUUUAGCUUUUGGGACAAGAAAUAUCUGGAACAAAUGCAACAGGAGAAACGAUUUGAAAUGCAUGUAAAGAAGAGGGAUAUUAAUAGGAAUAAUACUACCUCUAAUAACCAGAAUAUUAGUUCCUGGUGUCUGGGAUAUUUCCCUCCAAAUUUUAUAGGAGAUUUAAAGCAGACCCAAAUGAAGAUGGAUCCCAAGUCUAACAAGAUUUAUGCUGUAGAGGAGAUCACUCAGAAAAAGAAGAAUAUUAAAUUAGGCAAUAUCUAUGAAGAAAAUGUAGGUACUCAAACUCAGCACUUUGAAGGUCAGGAAAUAGGUGGGCCUAAUAAGAACCAAGUAGUCAUGUAUUACUCAAAUAAACUCUUCUACAUAAUUCCUCUUGAGAAGAGUUAUACUUUCAAAAAGCAGCUGUCUCAUGUGGAAUUUUUAUUCCAAGAGGAGCUACUGAAUUUUAGUAAUGAUCCAGAGUAUGCUCAAACUAAUCUCAAACAUCGUAAAAAGGCUAAUGAAGUGAGAAAGCCAGAGCCGAUCUAG